AUCCAGUUGAGUCUGCAUGCAUCCUAUACCUUUUUGAUAGCAUCGUUGUUUUACUCUUUCUCAUGUCAAUAAACCUGUGGACAACGGACCAUUGUCUUCAGAGUCGUGAUGUCAGAAAAGAGUUCGUCUAACUGCCAAGGUGUAUCGGAGCGCAUAUACCGAGGGCGGCAAAGUAAAACAACGCUUUCUACCGGGCAAGAUAACGCAGCCAACUGACAGAUGCUACGAACAACGUCAUCACACGCAACCAGUGGAUGACCAUCACAGCGGUGUCUAAACAGAGGUACGUCAACAGACAACGCCAUGUCCGAGAAAGCAACUUCAUUAAAGACGCGGUCCCGCGCUACAUGUUCUGCUACAUACUCAAGUGUAUCAUCGACGGGGUCUGCUGCUGCAAAAGCGAGAGCGAGAGCAGAGGCAGCAAAGGCACGCAUGUCCUACGCUAAAGAGGAAAUGAGCCUGAAGAUAGAAAAAGCUAAGCUAGAAGCCUCAAUAGAAAUGCUCAAAUACAAGAAAGAGACAGCUGCAGCUGUAGCUGAGGCCGAAGUCCUUGAAGCUGCGGUAGAGGCAAAUAGUGAAAGACAAAGUUUGAUGUCAAACUUGGAAUCUGCACAACGCACAGAACAAUAUGUGAUUGACCAAGCUGAAUCACUAAACACAGACGCUCAGCUGCUUGAUGAUGGUGUUGUCGCAAAAAGAGAGCCAAGCCAAAACUCCGAAACUCCAACUUCAUCUAUCAAACCUGAAGCAGACUCAUUCCAUCCGGCUCAAGCCAAUAUAUUUUCCCAUCAUACACAAAGCCACAAUGCAGCUUCUCAACCAACUCGCCUCACCUCACAGCAGCCUUACAUCUACGAAGAUGAGAAGGUCCACAUGACACACAAUGUUCGGUUUGACAACCGCAAUGCUACUCCUGAGCAAGGUCUUAGACGUCAAAACGACAAAAGUCAUCCCGCUCUUAAAUCCUACCCCACAUCUUCAAACAACAAUAAUGAAAACUCCAACAUUAGCGACUUUGUAAGAUACUUUGCUCGUCGUGAGCUUGUGGCAACAGGCCUGCUUCAAUUCAACGACAGACCUCAGAACUACAGAGCCUGGAAACGUUCUUUCCAGAACGCAACCAGAGGGUUGGACCUGACACCAAGUGAGGAAAUGGAUCUCCUGUUUAAAUGGCUCGGCAAAGAGUCAUCAGAACAUGUCGAGCACAUAAGAGCAAUACACAUCAACCAUCCAGCGGCAGGCUUGGCCAUGAUAUGGGACAGACUAGAACAAUCUUAUGGUUCUGCGGAAGUAAUAGAAGAUGCUCUGUUCAAACGUAUUGACGCCUUCCCAAAAUUAACAAAUCGAGAUUAUUCCAAACUAACAAAGUUGAGUGAUCUUUUAAAGGAACUAGAGUCAGCCAAAGAUGAAGGAGACCUGCCCGGUCUCUCUUUCCUCGAUACAGCAAGAGGCGUUAACCCUAUUGUACAGAAGCUCCCCUUUGGUCUGCAGGAAAAGUCGGCGUCAGUUGGGGCAUCCUACAAGCAGCAAUAUCACGUGUCAUAUCCUCCCUUUGCCUGCUUUGUAAACUUUGUUAGCCAUGAAGCUAGUGUCAAAAAUGACCCAAGUUUCAACUUUUUCUCUUACUCAGACAUGUCUCUUAGGACAGAAAAAACAACUUGGAAGCCAAACAGACAACGUGAAGUCUCUGUUCACAAAACAGAGAUAUUUCCAAAAGAUACCUCUGGUCCUAGGGAACCCCCAACACAAUUCGCUGACUGUGAACAACUGUGUCCAAUCCACAAAAAACCUCACCCCAUACGCAAAUGCCGUGCAUUCAGAGAAAAGCCCAUUGCAGACCGGAAGACAUUCUUAAAAGAGAAUAACAUCUGUUUCAAAUGCUGCGCUUCAUCAUCACAUAUUGCAAGGAACUGCACAUUUAAUGUUCGAUGUUAUGAAUGUAAAAGUGAAAAACACCACACAGCGCUUCACCCUGGACCUGCACCUUGGGUUGAAGACACAAACUCGGUUCCAGAGCAUGGCGGGGAGGAGAAUAGCUUUCCACAACCCCAUGUCGCCACCAAAUGUACAGAUGUCUGUGGCGGAGACAUGACGGGCCAAUCCUGUUCUAAAGUACCCCUCGUGAAAGUGUAUCCAACCGGCCACGCUGACAAAGCAGUGAAAAUGUACGUGAUCCUGGACGAACAGAGCAACAGAUCACUAGUUCGUUCACAGUUCUUCGAAAUCUUCAAUGACCAAAGUCCAAGUGCUCCUUACUCAUUGAAAACAUGUGCUGGAGUAAAGAAAGCGACAGGAAGAAGGGCCAGUGGCUACAUUGUGGAAUCUUUGGAUAAGACCGUCAGCAUUCCACUACCCAGCCUCAUAGAAUGUGAUGACAUUCCAAAUAACAGAGAUGCGAUUCCAACUCCAAAUGCAGCCUUUCAUCACGCACACUUAAAGUCAGUUGCACACCUCAUCCCAGAGAUCGACCCACAGGCCCAAAUUAUGCUUCUCUUAGGUCGGGAUAUUCUCAGGGUUCAUAAGGUCCGCAAACAGGUCAAUGGCUCACACAACCUGCCCUAUGCUCAAAAGUUGGAUCUGGGAUGGGUCAUCGUGGGCAAUGUGUGUUUAGGUCGCGUUCAUAAGCCACCAACAGUCAGCGCCUUCUACACUAACACCACAGAACGGGGACGCCCCACUCUCUUUGACCCAUGUCCUAACGUGUUCCGGGUAAAGGAAAGUUACAGUGACACCCAGGCUACAAACCACCUCCAACCACAUUUUGUGGAGAUACCAAACUGUGAUGUUGACAGCCUAGGACAUAACAUAUUCAAGCAGGCCAAAGACGACAACAACAUUGCUCCGUCUAUCCAGGACAUCUCCUUUAUGGAAAUAAUGAAAGAUGGACUAACAAAAGAUGCAAACAACAGCCACAGGCAGUGA